AUGGCCUCUCAAACCCUAACCCCUCGAACCCCUGCCACCUUCUUCCUAAUGGCUUCUUCUCUCAUGGCCUCUAAAACUCUAAUCCUCCGAACUCCUACCACUUUUCUCUCUCCUCAAAACCACCUCUCCACUCUCUCUCUUCCCUCACAUCCCAAACUCGCUCUCCCUUCAUCCCCAAAAAUCCCCUCCACUCUCGCCCUCCACCAUCCCAAUCCCAAUCCCAAACCCACCUCCACAAUCCCAAAGUUAAAAUCAAGAAUUUUCGCUUCCUCUUCAACAAUCCCCACAAACCCUGAUACCACUGUAUCAAACACUCCGAAUCCAACGCCUCACUCUUUGCUCACCGGGUCAACUCGAACAAUCGCAACACUCCUAGCUAUUACUCUGGCAGUCUCAAAAUUGUUCGCUCACAAGAUCUUCAUCUUCGGAAGCAUUAUGAAAGGGAAUUUUCGGGAGACGUUGAUUUACACGGCCGGACCAAUAUUUUUUGCGGCGAUGAAGGACUUACCCACUGGUAAUCUGAACACGCCGCUCUCGGUGGUGGCGGCGGGAAUGGCGAAAUGGCUAGACAUCUACAGUGGGGUUUUGAUGGUUAGGGUUUUGCUGAGUUGGUUUCCAAACAUUCCUUGGGAUCGCCAGCCAUUGUCGGCGAUUCGGGACCUUUGUGAUCCUUAUCUGAACUUGUUUAGGAACAUUAUUCCACCAAUUUUCGACACUUUGGAUGUCAGUCCGCUUCUGGCUUUCGCUGUGUUGGGUACGCUUGGCUCGAUUUUGAAUAGCAGCAGAGGAGCAUAUUGA